GCGGCCCCUUACUGUGCUGAACAUGACCAUGAACUACCUGGUUACCCUGGUCAUGGACCAGGGUGAGGACAACUACCGUGACUGGUAUGACUUUGUGUGGAACCGCACACGAGGUAUCCGGAAGGAUAUCACUCAGCAGCACCUGUGCGACCCGCUUACGGUGUCCCUUAUUGAAAAGUGCGCCCGCUUCCACAUCCACUGCGCACACCACCUGUGCCAGGAGCCCAUGAUGUCCUUUGAUGCUAAGAUCAACAAUGAAAACCUGACCAAAUGCCUGCAGAGCCUCAAGGAGAUGUACCAGGACCUGGCCAGCAAGAACAUCUACUGCCCUCAUGAGGCAGAGUUUCGGCAGUACAGCGUGCUCCUGAAGCUCAAUGAUGGAGACAUCCUCCGGUGGGUGGCUGGCCGGCAGUCGGUGAAGUUUGCCGUCCAGGCCUUUGCCGCUGUCAACAGCAACAACUUCGUGAGGUUCUUCAAGCUGGUCAAGGUGGCCUCGUAUCUGGCUGGUUGCAUCUUGCACCGCUACUUCGACCAGGUGCGCCGUGAGGCUCUGCGGGCCCUGAAUGUGGCCUACAGCUCCCGUGGUUCCACCACAUUCCCGGUCGAAGACCUGGUCCGGAUGCUCAUGUUCCAGAAUGCCGGCGAGGCUUCGGACCUCGCGCUGCAGUAUGGGCUCGCGGUCGAUGCAGGGUAA